AGUAGAGUGGUCUACCGUAAUAUGCCACGGAUAAGACAUUCCGAACCUAAAGGCAAUCUUGCAUAAGCCCAUCCCUGUCACUAACGGAAACAUUAGGUCAUAUAUAAGCUCAUCUGAGUAUAAGUCCAUGGUUUAAAGUAACAAAAGAAGCAAGACAUAUAUUAUUAUCUUUUAAUUAUAAAGUAUUUAUCUGCUAACACUUUCUCACCUCACUUUUUCUUAUCUUUGGUUCAUUAGUGACAUUGGAGCUCUAUUCUCUUGCAUAUAAUCCAUAUGCCUUCAGGUGUUUUUUUAUUAUUCUGUAAUGGUGCACGUAAUGAGCCUGUUUUUGAAAGGUAAUAUUAUAACACAGUUUAUGUUUUCGAAUACGUGCGCUUAUCUGUGGUAGUUAACAGUAUAUGAAUUUUUUUUAAAAAAAGACGAUAAAAUAGUAUGAUGCACUUCUUAUUUCAAAAGCUGCAAAAAGAAGAUUAUCAUGUUAAGAUGCAAAAUUAUUGAUACAAUACUGAAACUCUUUUUAUUAAGAAACACUACUUCAAGAGUGACUUCUCUAAAAAAAAAAAAAAAAAAAUCCCCAUAGAUGAACCUUUUUAGAUUUUAAUAUUUUAAUGGUUCUUUUUAUUUUGCGAAUUAGCACCUAUAAUCAAAAUUAGCAAAAGCUUUCGGCCAAUUUUUGAAAAAAAUUGCUUGAAAGUUUUUGCUCGCUGAAGCUAUCCUUCGCGCUUCGACGUUCUUGUAUUCGCGUAUACACUUUUAUUUGUAUUUCUCGUAUCUGCUUUCUUCAAAUUAAAAUCAAAGACAACCUCAAUCCCAGGACCUGUUGCCUCCUUUUGCAUAAGCGCAGGCUGAUGUGGGACAAAAAAUCCUGAGAACGAUCUUGAGGCGAAGGUUCUUUUCAAGUGUUUUUAUAAUUUGUUUUUUAUUAAAAAGACUGCAUAUCCACGACAUACUUUUUAUUAUGUGAAAACUGUAUAUUGUAUGGGUGGUAUUGUUAGUGUGCACAAGAAUAAUUCACAUGAAAAAUAUGACGUGUCAACGGUUUUGGAUUUGUCAAGGAAAUGUAAAUCAUGUUACGUACCUUUAUAACGUUGUUUUGUAAUGUAGGCACAUGUUGUUAAUAUAUUUUUCCUUGCACAGACAACUUGCAUUGUUUUCUCACAUGUAAGACACCUUCCCCAAAUUUCUUAGCUAAUUAUGUGAAACUCAAUUAAAGAGGUCGAUACUAAAAAUGAUACUCAUCCCUAAGUUUCUAAUCAAAAUAUAACUAAGUAAGCGAAUUUGUUUGGGGUAAUACACUUUAAGUCAAUAUGGCAAGGAUCAACUGCAAUGUUUUUCUUUUCUUUUUGAUACGGAAUCUACAAAACAGAAUAAAUUUUUGAUUGUAAAGCCUCUCUUAUAUAAUAAAAGUAUGUCACUCUCUUUAAUAAGUUUUAAUUUAUUAUAUUUAGCCAACAAGUGAAAGGUGCAUGCUCUCCGUAAUAUACAAGCUUUACAAUUAAAACACGGCUCAGGCGAAGUGGUUUCAGAAUCGACAAGUUCAGCGCAAUUUCUCAGGUUUAUAACUUAAUGUUUUUGGAAAGUCAAGCGAAAUCGUGAUUUGAGAUCUAGCUAAAUCUUUUAUCUUUGCGCUGGACAUAUAGUGGGUACAUCACGGCUGUUAUGGUUACGUAUAAACAUUAACAGACAUGAAGACCACUUAGUUUUAUUAGAGUUUCCUAUCUGUCUUAUUCGCAUCAACUUUUGGCAGUCGAAAAAAACCUUACUUCGCACGUGUUAGAGUUUGCACAGAAAAAAGACAUAGUUGCGUUUCUUUUAUGUAAAUUUUAGAAUUAUUCUGUUUAUAACUGUUUUUAUUCCAAAUGAUAUAAACGUUUGAAUAACUUAAUAUCAACCCAGCCAUGGUGAAGUUUGAACAUAUGCACUUAGUGAAUACACUAAUUUUUAAAAAUUUCGGAUUUUUUUAAUUUUGGACAAAUACUCGUCCGAAUAUUAUAUUGUCCGAACAUUUUGGAUUUGAAUUUUUAAUGGCCCGAACAUUUUCACUUGAAUAUUUUUUUCAACUACGCUUACUAUUAUGAACCGUCAAUAUCAUCUGUCUGCACAACCAUUUACGUAACUGUCAAAAUAUAAUCAGAAAAGAAUUCAAAAAAGCUGAUAUAUUAGGGACUAUAUCCGUAGAGUUGGAACUUGAAGUUUGCAGACUUAGACGACUGACUGCUGUUCCGCAACCCAGACAUGUUUAUAGCAAGUGUCUUUACCACAGCUACGGGUAAACCUGUGCCAUGUGAGGAAAAAUGGGUAGGUAAUGCCGGUGUAUACUUAAUGUAUACAUUCAGAACACAGGACCCACAUUAAUAACAGUGUUUCCAACACUGAAGUGGCUAUUCUGUAUAAAUAUUCGGAAUAAUAAUAAUAAUAAUAAUAAUAUUAAUAAUAACAGAGUCACAGUUCUAGCCAGAAAGUCAUUCCCGCAUAUAUAUGUGACCAAGGUGUUUAAAAGUCUUUAAAGGAAAGGCGAACAAAGAUUUUUUUGUGGCAGCCACAAAAUAAAUUUUAAGCGAGGAAGCAAAAAUUAAAGGAAAUUCUAAAUCCUAAAAUCUAAUAAAAUAACAACUAUAACCACACCCAAAUAACUAUGUUUCAUAACUGAAUAUCUAUAUUCCUUACAAGCAAUAUUUUUACAAAGUUUUCAUGGCUGUAUGUGGCAAGAAGAAGCAAAUUUAAGAUGUACUUACCAAUAAACAUAAAAAAUAAGAUCUUUAACUGAAGAUAACUCAAAGAAUUUAACAUACAAUCGAAGUUCCAGCAUUUUGUAACAUUCGUUAAUAUUUCUUGGAACUUUAUAAACAUCUGUCAUGACCAAUAAUAACAUUUUUUUCGUAAUUUGUUUCGCUUUUUCACAACAGACUUCCAGUUUCCAACGAUGAUGUUUGUUUUGGCGCCAAAUUCGAUAAAUACACAGACCGGAAACUUUCAACAACAAAUCGAACGUUCAACGGUUUCAGCUUUGUUUACAAAUCUUUAUUUACUUUAUAUUUACUCAUGAAUUAGUUCAGUAAUAAAAAUAAAAUUAUUUUGGUCGUGUUAUUCAACUAAUAGCAUUUUUUUGCUAUUUUGAUCUUUAACUAGUGUAUAAUACACUAGUUAAAGAUCAAAAUAGCAAAAAUUUAAUUUAUUAUUAUAUACCCGUAAGCAAAAACAGCCAUUGAAUAAAUAAUCGUUGAUAUUAUAUUCAACUCCGCUGCGCGUCGUUGAAUAUAAAUCACCUCGGGUUAAUAAAUCUCAAUAACCUAUGUUUACCUAUUGUAUAUCUACUUAAUAAAACAGUGUUUUGAUGCGUUGCCAUCACAAUGUAGAGAAAGAUCUAAUAUUGUUUCUGAAUAUAACCACCAGUUAGGCAAAUUAAAAAAGCAUCGCUCGCUAAAAACACAUGAGCAUUCUCACUAUAAUUCUUGAUUAUGAAGAGUUUGGUACAUUAUCUACGGAUAGCAUUUGUAUAUAUAUCUUUUAUUAUUUACUAUGCGUUGACUUGGUGGAGACUAGGAGAGACGCUGUAUAGUGAUGAUGGCAACGCUUAUCACAGCUUCAAAGAAGAAGAUAUUAAGAUUGGAGGUGGAAUUACAAGCACAACUUUUAUAGUAGUGAUGAUACUCUUACUAUUGCUAAAGAUUCGUGUUAAAUAUGAUUGGUGCGAAAAGCUGUUUGAAUCAACUUGGUGCAAUCUACCAAUACUUGUAUUUAUAAUCUUUACUAUUGCACCGGCUGGUAUGAACCUACAUUAUCAAUACAAAAAGUUCAAUCCACAGUACGCGCCAGCAACAGUAACCAAUAGCAACGCCACAACAACCAAUCACUGUCUGGAAAUAAGAAUAUGCACAUUUGAUUACAUCCUGCUUCAACUGUCAGUAGUUCUAUUAUCUAUCAACUACUUCAUCUUUCCUUAUCCAAAACGAAGAUUCAGAACAGGAGAGAUAUUUGCUGUGUCGUUGGAAUUCUUGGAUGCAUUUGAUAUGCUUGAUCUUAUAACAGAUACUGGUUGCGUUCAAACGUAUGAAGAAGGAUUUCAAUUAAUCUACUACAUAAGUCUAACAGUUACCGCACUGUUACUUGCAUUCCCCAUAAGCAUGGAGGCAAAAGGGAAGAAGAUACGUUGGAUAAGAAUUGUUAUCUAUUCUUUUACCUUUUUAUUUACAGAUGUGUGCUUUUCCAUAAUAAGGAUAAAGGUCAUGUAUAGUGAACAAGAUGUAUUUCAUGGCUUUCACUUUCUGAUGAAAAAUAUUUUAGCUGCAGUUUUUCGAUUUUGGUUUAUUGUGGCGACUUGGCGACAUCCUAACGACGAUAAUGAAUAGACUCAGACCUGAUGAAACUUGAAUAAAAAGGAAAAAACAAAACUAUUCCUUUAUCGACAAAACAGACCCAACUUAACUAUUAAAUAAAGCUAAUUUUUCUGCACAAUUCUUUAGAAAGAAAAUAUAAAAAAAGAAGGCCUAGAUUAUAUAAGCCGCAAUACCUCGCUGAAUAGAUGCACAAUUUGUUUUUACAAUGCACCUGCACUUAGCAGUACUUUUUAUUAACCUACUUAGCUAAAAAAAGUAAUGUUAGCAUUAAUAUGACCCUUUCUUCUACGUCUUUGCAGACCCUACCGUGAGUUAUUAUGCGUAAUAGUGAGACUAGCAGACAGUCUACCUGGCCAACGCAUUUUUAGAACUACCGAUUUUUUGACCUACUGACAGCAAAAUAUUAUCCACAUUUCACCAUAUUUUUUUAAAAAAAUUGCUGAGAACGUCAGUUGUCUAAACAAUGUCGACCAGGAUUUUAGUUGUCAAACUUUGAUAAUUUUAAAUUUUAGCUAAACCACAAUUUGCUUUGAAAUUAAUCUAAAAUCGGUAAUUUUUUUGUGAUUAUAGUGGUAGUCCGAGCUUCAUGAGUUUGUAAGCAAGAGUAAUCGUCAUUACGAAUUUCAUGUCUUACUCCUUCCACAAUAACCUUAUAGAAAGUUGGAAAGCAAAUGUGUCCACCUUUUUACAAAGAGUUUGAUCAAGACUUUUUAUAUGAAAAAGAGAAUUAUCCACUAAUAACAAGUGUCCGUUCUUUGUAGUAUUUAUUGGAAAGAAUACUGUAUUUAGUUUGUCUUGUUUGAUAGAUAACUCAAUCCACAGUGCGUAAGUAUUUAAAACACACCUCAAAAUGAGCGGUAGUAACAAAUCUUAAUAGCGUGCUUUGUUCGCCAAAAUUAGACUUAUGUAAUCUGUUUUAAAUAACUCUUUUUUGUACUGGGCUCGUGUGGAGCCCUGUACAAAAGCCCUGUUUAUUCUUUUUUCUAAUAUGCUUCUCACAUUGCCAUUUCUUGUUAAGUCUAUUGUAACAAUCAACAUUUUACCUUUAUCAAAAGAAAGUAAAUAAAUCAGAAAAUGAAGUUUAAGUGAAAGUUCAUCUUUUCUUUUAUGGUAAAUGUAAGACAGAAAGUGUACCAUGAACAUAACUCUAAUUUGAGUAAGGUAAAUUCUCGGAUUAAAACUGUAAACAUUUCUUGCAUCAAGUAUAUGACUUUUUAAUGCACUAAAAAAUCUUUAGCUUCGGGACCAGUGGCGUAAAAUGGCGGUCGUGUAAAAAUUGAUUUUAAUUCAACACAAGUAAAAUGCCAAAUGUUUCCUAGAGUUGCAUUUAAACAUUACAUGAUAAUAUUAUCGAAAUAAAUGACCCAAUCGUGACAUGAGAGCAACCAUAUUGAAUACAUAUACCUCGAUCUCCUGAUUUGGGAGUACCAUUAACAUUCCUUCAUGUUGGAAAAAGGGCUGCUUUAUUUCUUGCCAGAUGCAAUUUAUAUAGGAAAACUUUCUUUAAGCAGAGAACAUUUUGAAUAAUAUUUGAUGUAAAUAUUUUAAUGAAAUCAAUUUGUCAUAUUUACAUUUUUUUUUUUAAAUUUAUUUUAAUUCUCGCCCUCAAAUGUUGCCAUUGUGCAGAGCUGGAAACAGUAAUCAACACAUUUGAGCAUCGUCUCUAUGACAACUAGCUCAUGCCUUCAUAGCUAAAUAAUUUUCUUGUUUACCAUUUGCACCCCUAUUAAGUCAAAUAUCCGGCUACAAGAUAAAAAUACACACUGUGUUUGAGUAUAAUUUUUUGAUGACGUUAAUGCAGAUCACGUGUUUUGACAAGCUGAUUACUGUUAAUUAAAAAAAAUAAUUAAAAAAUGGAGAAGUGCUGCACAGUGUCUUUCGGUUAACAUUGUCCAAUUUCGUGAAGGUAUGUCCAAAGAAGAGUAUUUUGUCCCAGAACAAAUACUUAACAAGACAUUUUGGCAUAAAACAAAAAUAAAAGCCACUCAUUCAAAAUAAAACGCAAAUGUAAUUUGAAAAUUUUUAGCAAGGAUUAUUGCAUCAUAACGAAAAUUUUACGAAAACAGGAAAUUUACUUUAUCGUGAAAUCUAAAGUUUCAUAUCAUUUCAAUGAA